AUGACACCAAACAAAGAAAACGUGGCGCCUAACCUCUGCCUAGGAUGGAAGACACGUGCGCAGCUUUUGGUGCUGCAUGGUGGUGAUGAAGAGUUGGUAAAUCGGAUAGUGGAGCGCAAAACCGCCAGCGGUGAAACCAAAGAGCAUCCUGACCUUCCUGAUGAUCCAUCAGCGACCUUAUAUCACGUUAUGCUAGAUUUGGACCAGGUUGAGCAGGAUGAGUUUGAGGAUCGCUUGGAAGAGUCCUAUGGAACGGAUGUUGUGGGUGACCAGGCUGGGCAAAUGGCUGACGCUGCACGGUAUAGCAGCAUGGCCAAUGUCACUAUGGGUGCUGCUCGGGGGGUGGCGCUCAAGGCAGAGAAUGAAAUGCCGGAGGACCCUGUGGCACGGGGACAAUGGGCUAUGGAGAAAUUGAUGACCGACCUUCAACAGGUGGAGAAGGGGGGUGACUUUCUUGUGCAGUUGAAUGCUGCUGUGACGCUUGCGAUGCAGCGUCUGCAGCUCUACCAAGAAGAUGCCAAAGAAGCCACUACGUUGACUAAGCCAAGGAAUGCUGGCAAGGGGGACCUGAAAUGGGUGAAGUCCCAAUACCAUUUGUUCAACUACCAGACCAACAAUAUUUGCAGCAACUGCGGAGUUCAAAAGACACACCCCAAUGUGGCCAUGACACUUGCCAACUUUGAAGAGGAUGCGGGCUUUUGGGGCCCUUUGGACAAGGGAAUCUACGAACAUGUGCUGGCAGAAAGACUUCGGGAAGCUCACAAACAGAAACCGUGUCGAACCCUCGCGAGCGCCACCUACGUCAGCUUGCGCGUGACCACAAGAUCGAUCUGGUCCAGGCUCCGCGAGCUGGCUGGGACGGAAGAGAUGGUGAGUCCUACGGACGAGUCGCCCGGGCGUGGGGCGACCGACACGGAUGGUCCUCCGACCUGGGAGCCGAGUGUGGCGAGGUUGGAGGCUGCUUGGCUCUUCGCCAAUUCUGGUCGAACAACGGCCUACCAGUCCACUUCCUUGAAGCAGAUCUUUCGGGCCAGACUGCAGCAGAUUUCGCUGGUGACGAGGACUCCGCCCGCCCUUCACAGGCACGUGGUGCGAGAUAUGCUGCCCGAGUACCAGUGCAUUUUUAGCAUCCGAAAACGUCAUUCCGAGUCUUUGUCCGUGAAGCCGAGGGAUGGCAGUGGCUACAUCGAGUGGGAAGAGUUUCGGCAGGCUGCUGUACAGACGGACGGACGCUGCACGGGACGUGUCGGGGCCGCCCCGGCGGCACGUGGCGACGCGGAGCCGGUGACGACGACCAUUCGCCAGGUGGUUUGCACGAUGCUGAAGGCUGCACCGCUUCUGGAGAGGCGGAGUUGGAGCAACUUCAUCAUCGACCCCAUCGAUGGCGGCCCCGCCGAAAUCCCCGAUGGCAAGUCCGCCGCGACCACCGAGGUCCCCUAUGGCGAGUCCGGCUACCGGAAGCCCGCAGCCAAGUCGAGCGCAAAGGCAACGGCUGCCAAGACAAUGCCACAGAAGAAAAGCCCCAUUCCGGAGUUCUCUUCCGAUCCGGAGGAACUGGAGGAGGAUCUGCCGAUGGACGACGAGUGGGAGGAGAUCAACCCCAUUGGACCUCAGGACAUUGCGAUGUCUUCGAUGGAGAACGAUGUCAAGGAGCCGACGGAUAUCUCGGAAGCCCGCUUGGCGCGCUAUUGGAAUGAGGCAGCCGCUUGGCGGAUGUCCCGCCCCGAGGUCGGUGGUUUUGGCCCGGGUCGUGAGGAUGGAGAGGACCCGAAAGUCCAGGGUCGAGUGAAGAGGUGA